AUGACGGCCACCGAAGCGCACGAGGAAUACCAAUAUCUUGACCUCGUCCGCGAAAUCUUGGAUCGCGGCGAGCGUCGACCGGACCGGUACCUUUCCCUUGGUUUGUUCCCAGCCACAUGGAGUAAUUCUAACCCUGGCCUCUGCAGAACAGGUACCGGCACCCUGUCCAUCUUUGCGCCCCGGCCGUUCAAGUUCCGCCUCAACGACAACGGCCGUCCCAUCCUUCCGCUGCUCACGACGAAGCGCGUCUUCCACCGUGCCGUCAUCACCGAGCUGCUCUGGUUCAUCGAGGGCAACACGUCGUCCAUCGCCCUCAGCGAUGUCGGCGUCAAGAUUUGGGAUGGCAAUGGCUCGCGCGACUUCCUCGAUAACCUGGGCUUGUCCCACCGUGCCGAAGGCGACCUCGGGCCCAUCUACGGCUUUCAGUGGCGACACUUUGGAGCCGACUACGUAGACUCCAAGGCCGACUACGCCGGUCAAGGCGUCGACCAGCUCGCCAGCAUCAUCCACAGCCUCCGUACCGAUCCGUACAACCGUCGCAUGAUCCUUAGCGCUUGGAAUCCUCGAGACCUGCACAGCAUGGUCUUGCCGCCUUGCCACAUAUUCGCUCAGUUCUACGUCUCGUUCCCGGGUCAAGGGCAGUCGUCACCAGAUGCGGCCGCGCCCAAGCCGAAAGGUCAUCUUCAUUGCCAGCUGUAUCAACGAUCUUGCGACAUGGGCCUCGGAGUUCCCUUCAACAUCGCCAGUUACUCACUCCUCACCCACAUGCUUGCUCGUGUCUGCGACCUCGUCCCCGGGAGCCUCACGCACGUCAUGGGUGACGCGCAUGUCUAUCUGGAUCAUGUGGACGCUCUCCGAACACAACUAGAGCGUGUGCCACGCCCGUUUCCGGAACUUGACAUCACGAGAACCGAUGACGGGAGCAUUGACGGCUGGAAAGUAGAGGACUUUGUCAUCAAGGGAUACGACCCCCACAAGUCCAUCGCCAUGAAGAUGUCUGUUUAG